UGUCCUUUUUGCUUCCGGAGUCAUGACCCCUCAUCCUGCCAUGUGCGCUGUCCAGGAGUAAUGAAUUCGCGUGUGUGACGCCCGAAUGAGGAAAUUAAACAAGGUCAUUGUUUUUGUUCGGUUCUGAGGGAAAACGAAUACAAGACGACGGGACGAGGAUCAGGCCAGAUACCGAUAACGACCAGAAGAGGGAACGAGCUGCUCCGGGUUGUUAGCUAGCUGGACAAGGGGGUUCUCACCAUGGCUCUGUACGUAAAAGCCGCAGAGAUCCUGCAGAAAGCCGAGAAGAAGCAGGGCGCUUUGAAAACGCUGGUCUAUGACAGCAAAUUCUCCAACAUCAAGCAGCUGUUCGCGCUGGUGUGCGAGACCCACAAGUUCUCCUCCAUCCUGCAGGAGGUCAUCGAGGCCACCAAGCUGCUCAAACAGACCAAGCUGCAGAUGCACCUGGCCAAGGUGCUGGUGUACGACCUGUUGAUGGGCCAAGGGCUCAAAUGCGGCGGCUCCUGGAAGGCCAUGAUGCUGAAGCACCGCUCCAGGCUGCAGGCAGAGCUGGCCCGCAUGAAAGUAAGGCAGAAGGUCAGCAGGAACGAAGACCUGCUGCCCGCCGGUGCCCAGCGGGCGUCCGGGGACCAGCUGCCCAGGUAUGUGCGCGUGAACACGCUGAAGACCACCGUGGAUGAUGCCGUGGACUACCUGAAGAGAGACGGCUUCUCCUACCUGGGACAGGCCACCAGAGUGGACGAUGUGAACCUGAAGAGGAAAGAUUUCGUGAGGGACCUUCACCUCCCGGAGGUGCUGGCGUUCUCUCCCAGAACGGACUUCCACGAGCACUUCCUGUACAAGGCGGGCCACAUCAUCCUGCAGGACAAAGCCAGCUGCCUCCCCGCCUUUCUCCUCGACCCCGCACCCGGCAGUCGAGUCAUCGACGCCUGUGCCGCUCCCGGAAACAAGACCAGCCACCUGGCCGCCAUCAUGAAGAACAAGGGGAAGCUGUUUGCCUUCGAUUUGGACGCCAAGCGCCUGGCCACCAUGUCGACCCUCCUGCUCCGAGCGGGGGUCACCUGUCACCAGUUGGCCCACUGCGACUUCUUGAAGGUGGACCCUGACAGCCCACAGUAUAAAGAUGUAGAGUACAUCCUGCUGGAUCCCUCCUGCAGUGGAUCAGGUAUGGUGUGCCUCCGGGACGACGCUUCUGACCAGGACGAGGAUCAGGCUCGCUUGGCCUCCUUGGCCUCCUUCCAGCUGCGGUGCCUGAAUCACAGCCUCAGGUUCCCCCACCUGAAGCGUCUGGUCUACUCCACCUGCUCCAUCCACAGACAGGAAAACGAGGACGUGGUAACGGCUUGUCUGCAGCAGAACCCCGGCUUCAGGUUAGUCCCCCUGCUGCCUCAGUGGCCCGAGCGGGGCCUGGAACCGCUCACUCAGUGCCUGCGAGCCAGCGUCAGCAGAACGUGCACACAUGGCUUCUUUGUCGCUCUGCUGGAGAAGGCCGCGGGGCACGGCAGUUCACAGGUGACGGCACACGGACCCUCCACGUGCGAGAAGAGACCCGCUGGUUCUGCAGACGAGUCUGGAGCCUCGGAGACGGAGGAGAUCCAGACUCCUGCUGCAGCACAGACUGACGGUACUAAUGGCAAGAAGAAGAAGAAGAGAAGUAGGAAGAAGAAGAAGGCAGCAGCAGAGUGAAUUUGAAAAUUAUUCAUUAUUAAUGAAGAUUUUAUUUGAUGCAGGGUCUGAACGUCUUUAACUCUAAUUGAGUUUGGGGGAAUGAACUACAAAAUAAAAGUCUUUUAUUGAACUACA